ACUCAAGCUACAAGUCUCUUUUCAUUGGCUUGUCUUUGACGUUUGCAACGUUCUUAAAAUCUCGUGCAUUAAAAAAUUUUAAAAGUUAAAAUAUGGAAAAUAUUUCUUCCACUACAAUGGAAAGUUUAGAAGACGUGAAGCAGGAGGAAAUGGUAGAAAACCCUGAAUCAGACUUACCGAUUCCAGAGGCCGGUGAUUUAAUUACCAAGGACUCAACUCCUGUGCAAAAUGUGGAGAACGUUCCAGAGGUGGCAAGUUCGGCUGUUAAAAACGAAAUACACAAACCCCUAAAGCAACCUUGCCCUGAGAGGUACAAUGUAGAUAUUAAAACGGUGUUCCCUGAUUUUAAGGAAGGCGAACCUUUAAAUAUUUUCCUGCUUCAAUACCGCUUGGCUCAGAUAAAUACUGAGAUUAUCAGAUUAUCUGAGCAUACUGAUGAACUACCAAGCACCAGUUCCAAGGACAGCUCUAAGGAAGCUGGUACAGGUCCAAACGCGUGUCGUUGGGAUAAAACAGGCAGCUCUGGAGAAGCUGGUGAAGAAGUUGUUGUGCCUUCAAACAAGUGUCGUAAGACCGAAAGUAGCAAGAAUAGCACCUCUAAAGAUAAUGCUGAACUACCAAACGAGCGUCGUAAACGCAUCGGUGGAAUGUGUGUAAAAACUGAUGUACCUAAAAAGAAGUGCAACAUUGUAACAACUGUAGAUAAUUGUGAAUCACCAAAUAAACGUUGUAAGAGGACCAGUAACACCUUAAAAGGUAAUGGUGAAGCACCAAAAACACGUCGCAGGAACACCAGCUCUGGAAAAACUGGUGCAUCCCAGAAAACGCGCCGUAAGCGCACUAGUACUUAUAAUUAUCAGGACUUCGAAUAUUAUUAAUAUUUAAAAAAGUUUU